GGAGAAGAGGGAACGGAGUACAGAGCAGUCAUGUUGCCCUACGGGAGCUUUUUCAGACGUAUCGAAUAUCAUCCUGGAAAUGACUGCAUAAGAGGGAUCUUAAUCAUGUUACACAUUACUGUCAUUCAUUUAUGUUAUAUGACGCAGCUUUUCUUAAAUGUUCUUUCGUUUGUAUCGUGUUGCGUUUGCUUUUUAAUUAUAUUUUUUUUCCCUUGCGGUCAUCUUUAAUUAUCACUGUUAU